AUGGACCCACACGGAGCAGGACCUGCUAUACGGACUUUGUUGACGAGGCAGGAUGAGCAUCGUUCAAGUUUGCUUUGGGAUGCUCAUUUGGAAGGCGAGGAAGUGCAAGGUGUAUUGACUUGUCGUCACCGAGAGAAAGGUCUGCUUGAAGGUGGGGUAGAUGGGUUAGAUCCACGAAUUGUCGCUUAUAUCACUGAUGCAGGGUUAGAUGGGCUACUUCGGGUCCCACAUAUGGACAUUGACCAUGCAUUGAUCACAGCGUUGGUGGAGAGAUGGCGGCCGGAGGCGCACUCAUUUCACUUGCCCCACGGUGAGAUGACCAUCACACUACAAGAUAUGAAGGUUAUAAUGGGGGUACCUGUAGAUGGCUUGCCGUUGGUGGGAUGUAUAUCCCCGAUGGUCAAUUGGCAUGACGUCUGCCAUAGAUUGCUAGGGCAUAUACCGCCAGAUAGAGAACCUGGUCGUAAUAAGAACACUAGAGUGAUGGAAGGGGCGAGGGUAAAAACCAAAUGGCUUGAGGAUUGGUUUAGAAACCCUCUCCCGGUUGACGCCCCUGAGCAGCUUGUGCAGAAGUAUGCUCGGUUUUACAUAGUGGAGUUGUUAGGUGGUAUGCUAUUUAUGGACAAGUCUGGAGAACAGAUCUCAAUUAGGUAUCUGCAAUUUUUCGAUCCAAUCAGCAACGGAAAGAAGAAUAGUUGGGGUAGUGCAGCACUAAGUUGGCUCUAUAGACACCUCUAUAACGCAUCAGAGAAGAAAGCCAAGCAAAUCGGCGGUGCAUUGCUAUUGGUGCAGUUGUGGGCAUGGGUAAGGUUUCUCCACAUAUGUCCUGUGAUGAGGCAUCCACACCAGGCACUGCCUCCAGGUCCACUUGCGGUCAGAUGGAAAGGGGCUAAGAUAACAACUGAACAUUCAAUGCACGUCCUACGUGCCUAUCGUGUGUCGCUUACUUCGCUACGGCCAAAUCAGGUGGUUGAAGGCCAUCAUCCUGAAUGUGUUCUCCGACAGUUUGGGAUGAAGCAAGGCAUACCAAUCGAUGUUGAUACUUCAAUUGAACUGCACAAGAUCACCCUCCAGGGCAAGCACCAUGAAGAUUGGGCCGAAGUACAUGCCCCGCAUAUUGCUAAAUGGGCUGUGCACGCCACAAUUGCCGAUGCACCGGCCUUUCAUGGGGAGAUGAGCUACAAUGACGAGUAUAUGGUGUGGUUUCGUCCUCGCACUGUUCGCCAUAUUACAAAAGAGACUUCGUACUGGGACACUUUGGUUGAAUCACAGUUGAGCAUUAUAGCGAAGUGCAAACCAGGGUCUGAGAUCUACACCGACUCUAUUAAUGCCUUGCAAGCUGUUAAAGAGAUCGGUCGGUUAACCUUGGACCAUGCACGUGAUGUGGGCAACACAAGUGAAUCGGCUGUACGGCAUGGUUGGCAAGCAGGUGGACGUCAAGGGCAUGGAGGCCGUCAAUCUAGUCAGCGUCAUACAUCUAGUCGGCCUCCCACAUCUGGUCAGCGUCACACACUCGUGCCCACAUCUAGUUGA